AUGCAGUUCGAUGAUAUUCUCGGCAAGUAUCGAGCGUACAAGAGCUCAGGCGAUGCGCACCACGACGCGCUCUUGCCGGCGAUCUGGUUCCCCGUCGAUGCCGUCACAAAGGAAGGCAAGGAGAAGUCGGAUGCUAUGAUGUCGGCCAUGAUAGGCCGCGUGUCCAUGUGCGCUGCGUAUGGGAAGGUCGCUGUGAGCGCGGCGAGGAAGGAAGGAGACACUGAUGAGAAGACGGCGAUGGUGGCACAGGCGUUAUCGGCCUCCGCUUGCGCCGUGUGGUGCUUAGUCGAGAACGACGACGCCCAGGUGGUCGAUGCUGUGGACGAAGGGAAGGCAGCGGCGAUGGUGGUCCGUGCGAGCGAGAAGACCGCCGGUGUCUUCAAAGAGGUCAUGCAGGCGGUGCUGGAGGCCGAGAUCGACAGGGAGCGACCCCUCGGAGAGGUUGCGCACAACGCCACACCGGCGCUGCAGAGUCUCGCUCUGCACCGGGUCUAUCCGGGGGUGGAUCAUGAAGUCGAAGCCGACGUGAUCGCUAGAGCGACGGUGGAGACCUUGGCGUUCUGGGGAAUGUGCCCCGUUGCCGGGCCGAAACUCGAAGAGAUCGGCAUCGCAGUGCCGUGUGACGCGCAGAUGGAGUACGAUAUUGAAUACAGGGGGAGGAAGGGACAGAGGGGCAAGCAGGGCAAGGACAGCACGGGGAAGAAGGGGAAGAAGGGAAGGAAGGGCAAGGACACCACGGCGGCAUAG